AGAGACCGUGAUUGGCCCCUCCAACUGGCUCAUCCAACUGGCUCCGAUCGAUCUGGCGCAUCCUCUGUCUGGUCUGGCCUGCAUCGCCUCGCACCAGACCAAGAAGACCAGUCUCGAUGGAAAACUCGCUCGAUCUCGACCAGUUCCCGGUCGCCGCACCCAGGAUACAUCCUCUGGAGAUCUUCAGCACAAAGAAGCGAGUAAACAUCUCGGCGCCUAUGGUGCGAUACUCCAAAUUGCCGUUUCGGGAGCUGAUUCGCAGAUACAACGUCGAUAUCGCCUACACUCCCAUGAUCCUCAGCAACGUCUUCAAGCACUCUGCAUACUCCCGCAACUUUGAGUUCCAGACCUCGCUCGGAGAUGAUCCUGUGAUCGUUCAGUUUGCUGCAUCGACCGCGGUAGACUUUGCCGACGCUGCCGAGCUCGUUGCGCCCUACUGCAGCGGUGUCGACCUCAACUGUGGCUGUCCGCAAAAAUGGGCCAUCCACGAGCACAUUGGCUCCUACCUGAUGGAGGACCCCGAGAUGAUUCGGGACAUGGUUCGCCAAGCCAAAGCACGGACGAGUCAGCGCCAGUUUGGCGGACAGGGCGGUUCCUUCCCCAUCAGCGUCAAGAUCCGUGUCCAUCCUGAUCUGCGGAAAACCGUCGAUCUUGUGCGCAUGGUCGAGGCUGCUGGGGCAGACUGGAUCACCGUUCACGGACGGACCCGCCAGAUGAAGAACACCCAGCCUGUGAAUCUCGAUGCAAUCAAACUGAUGAAGGAGAGCGUCUCCGUCCCCCUGGUAGCAAAUGGCGAUGUGUUUUCUCUCGACGACGCCAACGGCAUCUUUGAUCACUGCAAAACGGACGGUGUCAUGGCAGCCAGAGGACUACUCGAGAACCCAGCGCUGUUCUCUGGUGCAGCGACAACACCAUGGGAGUGUGUCGAAGAGUACGUGCGUCUUGGAAUCGCCUAUGGAUCCACAACACACAUCUUCCAUCAUCAUAUCAUGUUCAUGCUCGACAAGCUCAUGAGCCGAGCAGAGAAACGAUACUUCAAUACCAUAUCAACGAUCCCCGGAAUCGUGGACUAUCUUCAAGAUCACUAUGGGAUGGAUAUUGGUGGCAUCCAUUCAUAACCGUCACCGCCGGGGAAUGUCACCGCUGUUUCUCCCAGUCGCCGUCGUCUCUCCCAGCCACCGCGGCACUUGGUCCGAGCCUGGAAUCGCACUCGACCGCCUGCAGCGCUCAUUCUUGUAACCGAGAAACAUGCGCGCGAGUUUGGACUCGCAGUGCGGCGCCGUGCACGAAUGUGCGCCGCUUUUCGUGGGAUAGCAGAAUGCUCCAAACAUCCGGUGCGCGGCGCAAGCUAUUUUUGCUGCUCUUGGGCGUGCAGAGGAUGCAGGGAAACCGUGGCAUGCUCCGGAUCAUCCCGCGGCAAUGCAAGGCAGCUCUGCAGAAGACGAGAGUGUAGCGGGCGG